AUGGCUUUCCAAGUUGGAAUUAAUCCUCCAGGAGGAGUUUGGCAGGAGACAAAGGUAGUAAAAGAUAAAUAUGGCAAUAUAGUACAAGAAGAUGGCUCUAACGACUCUACCCACUAUGCUGGUACCGCUAUAUUGUCAUAUACAAAUAAAGCUUAUUCGAUAAUUAAUUUUUCAUCAUGGUAUAAUCAGUUACUAAUUAGCAACACAAUAGGAUUAAUAUCAUCACUAAGUGUCAUUCUUCUCCUUAUUAGCGGCUUUCCGUGUAGGCGAGAUUUCUUGUUGAUUUUGAGAAUAGCUUUAUGGAUGGCUGUGAUUGCAACGACAUAUACUUACUACUUAGCUAUUACCAUUCUUACUUAUGUUGGAGCAGAUAAUGAUGGCAUGUAUAUUUCAGCUUGGUUUUCUCUCGUAGCUUGUGUAGGGUUGAUAGGAAUCAUGCUCUUUGGACAUGUUGUGCGAUUCUUACUCAAAUUGAUUGGUUGGGAAAGGAGGCAGUCACUUAAAAGUUUUUGCAAGAUGUGUUUUCCAAAGUUAACAAGCGCUGCUGAUAACUCAAGUUCUAGCAACAAUGUAUAA